AUGGAUAUGAACAUGGCCGAUACUCAGAAUUUUGCCGCGCCCACCGAACGGCCUCGCAAGCGGCGGCGCCGGACAAUGGCCUGCACUCAAUGUCGCAGCCGGAAGUUGCGCUGCGAUCGUGAGUAUCCCGCCUGUGGCCGUUGUGUGAAGAGUCGGACGCCAACGAAGUGCACCUACGAGGAUGGCUUCUUGUGGCAGCAGCCUACCACCGUAACUGCCGCUGCAUUUGCGCCCGGUCGAGGUUCCACCAUGCCUCCCGGAACAGAUAAACCGUCUACGAUCCAACCUUCCCCGGACUCGGGGUUAGGGGUCGUCUCAACUCGGUCGGAAGCUCUCGUUUCGACUAUCGCGCCCGACCCGGGUCCAAUUCCUACCGGAGGUGGCCCGCACCCCAGAGGUCGCCGCCAAGGCAGAGAACGAGGUUUCUUAGAGACCGUCCUAGGUGCCCCCAAGGCGGCUAUUAACCAAGAGUCGUAUGUGAACACGGGUCUCCUACAGUGGCCGAAGCGUUCCGCGCCGGAGCUCGAGUUGACCUCAUCCGGGCCGCUAGACCACGACGGGGCCGAGGACGGGGAGACAGACGAUCUGCUAUCGCCAUCGCACCAGUUGGAUCUCUCCCCGCGCAUGAUGAUGAGAGGUCGGGAGACCAAGACUCGCUUCAGCGGAUCCGGCAUUUAUGCCAAUUUAGUUGCACAGUUUCCUGAUAUCCGAGCAUUCGCUGAGGAAAUCAGGACGGCAAAUCCUAUUUUGUCGCGGCUCCGACCAGACUUGGAACGAGUCAAACGAGGCUUAUGGAAACGCAAGCCACUUAAUGAGCCGUUCCCCGAACCGACCAUCAUUUCAUUGAUAUCGCUACUGCCCACCCGGGCCGUCGCCGAUGAGCUCAUCGGACUGUUUUUGACAUACAUUGAAUCCACCCACCGUAUAUUCCAUGUUCCCUCCUUCUUGAGGGAAGUGGACGAAACUUGGGCGAUAUUGGAUGCCCCUAGUAAUGUCGCUCCUUCAUUCAUUGUCCAGCUUCUAUUAGUGCUCGCAUGCGCAUGGAACCUAGCCAACAUUGCCAGUCUACAAUCCAAAAGCGCAACACCGUUGAAAUGUUACACGGCUAUCGAAUGGGUCCUGCAUGCUGAAAAAUGGAUUGACAAUGCACAUAUCAAGCGGUUUGAGAUCAGUGCAUUGCGCCUCCAUAUUUUGUUGAUUACGGCUUUGAACAGCCAUGGCAUGAAACGCAGUAAAGCUUGGCUUUCGACAGGUCUCUUAAUCAAGCAGGCGAUGUUGUCAGGAUACCACCGCGAUCCUAGUAAGUAUGCGCGGAUAUCUGAGUUUAAUAAGGAGAUACGGCGUCGCAUAUGGAUGACUAUCGUGGAAUUGGACCUGCAGGUGGCCAUUGACCGAGGGAUGCCUCCAUCUAUCCAGACUAUGGAUUACGAUACCCUGCCCCCCUUGAACAUCAACGAUGAUGACAUCGACGAAGAUAGUACUGAGCCUCCUGAGGAUCACCCACUCACAGAAGUCACCGAUUGUUCAUUCCAAGCUGCCCUUGGCCGCUCACUGGCUGUGCGACUCAAAGCAUGCCAUAUAAUACACUCACCUCGGAUCAGUUGCCGGUACGAGGAGAUUCAACACCUGGAUUGGGAGGUGCAACACCAUCUCCCUCGAAUCCCCGCAUGGGCUGCCAAAGAACCUCAUGAUAUCGUCGUUCAGCACAAAAUUACGCUUUGGAGAGCCAUGAUUGAAACCAAGCUGGCUCAAUGUCUGCUUUCUAUCCAUACCCCGUUUGCGAUCGAGGCCCGGCGCGAGAUCCUUUUUGCACCCUCGGCUCGGUCUGGUUUAGACGCAGCAGUCAUGAUUCUCUUAACCCAAAAACGACUUCAUGAAACAUCACAGCCUUUGUCUUUAUGUAUGCUUGGUGAAUGGACUCUGCAGGCGUAUCUCUCCGUGUGCCAAGCACUCCAUGUCCCAGAUUCUCAAAACCAAACACCCUUUCAAUCGUCAUCUUAUCUAUCCCUCCUCCACACCCUCCCCGGUCUCCACGAUUCCCUUCUGUCCCUUGUAGAGACGGGUCUCAUCUCUCUAGAAGGCCGGUUCCUACUCGUGGUCAAGGGCGCCAAAGACUAUUUUUUCCUCUCGACCAUAGUGGCCCUGGUCAAAGCCAAGAUCUGGCCCUCUCAGGCGGUUGUGUACAAGCAACAGGUCGUGGAGCGGAUCUUGUCGUUCGCACAGACCAUGUUCUCCCGACACGCGGUCUGCGAGCAUCUGGGAACGCCCGGCAUGGGCAGCUUCAAAAACAACCAGGUCUCGGCUUUCAUCGCAGCCCCAGGUAUGGCACCCGUGCUACCCUCGGACUUUGAGGGCAUUCUUCCACCGCCUAAUCUAGAGAUCACUCCGCCCGGGGAAUUUGAUCCUUUCUUGGAUGUCUUCGAUUGGGAAGACCUCACAGGGAUCGCCUUGGGGAACUGA